GGCUGUCUUCAGUCAGUCAAUUACUGAGUGCCGUAGAGGUAUCAGAGUGCAACAGCAGUCGCGAUUUUCGGCAGAUUAAAAUUAUUAACAAUGGCUAAAUACAGGAUUGUUAUGGUUCGUCAUGGGGAGAGUGAGUGGAACCAGCUGAAUUUGUUCUGUGGAUGGUUCGAUGCUGGGCUAUCGGAUAAAGGAAAAAGUGAAGCUAACGCUGCGGGAAAAGCCCUAAAAGAAUCUGGUUACACCUUUGACGAGGCUCACACGUCAGUCCUGACCCGUGCGCAGGUGACCUUGGGGACGAUUUUGAAGGAAAUCGGUCAGGAGAACAUUCCCAUCCACAAGACGUGGAGAUUGAAUGAACGUCAUUACGGUGGACUCACGGGGAUGAACAAGGCGGAGACUGCUGCUAAGUAUGGAGAGGAGCAGGUCCAGAUCUGGAGGAGAUCCUUCGAUACCCCACCACCACCCAUGGAGCCCGAUCACAAGUACUACAAGACCAUUGUCGAGGAUGAGAGGUACAAGGAUGGACCCAAGAAGGAGGAGUUCCCCAUGUUCGAGUCACUCAAGCUGACGAUUGAGAGGACUCUUCCUUAUUGGAAUGACACCAUCAUUCCUGCGUUGAAGGCAGGGAAGAAGAUCAUUAUUGCUGCCCAUGGAAACAGUCUCAGGGGCAUUGUUAAACAUUUAGAUCAAAUGAGUAACGACCAGAUUAUGGGCUUGAACCUUCCCACUGGCAUCCCCUUCGUUUACGAGCUCGACGAGAACUUCAAGCCCGUGGUCUCCAUGAAGUUCCUGGGUGACGAGGAAACCGUUAAAGCAGCAAUAGCUGCUGUAGCUGCCCAGGGAAAAGCCAAGUGAAGCGAUAAACUCAACACAAAUCUUACAAAACCAUGCUAAAGUCCAUUAGUGCUGUCACCAAUGAUUGUUUAAGGACAACUGAGAAGAUUAAUCCAUUGCUGGAGGCAAUGCAGGAUUGCAAACCCAUUAUUUAUGAGAAAAAUCAUCUACUGUUAAAUUCAUUUCGUUCGAAAAACUGUUGGGAAAUAUAAGUCUUGGAGAUUUCGAAUGAUGGAGUCAUUCUACUGUACACGAGUUAAUAAAAUCGUUGUAGAAAAAAUUAAA